CCAACUGCGCCACGGGGCGGAGCGCCCCCCCCAGCCCCUGCCUGGGAGAAGGGGGGGGCGCUCGACCCCCAGGAGGUCUUGGGCAGCCUGAAUACCUGGGACCCCCCCCAAGGACCAGGUUCCCCCAGGCACCAUGCCAGCCCUAUAGCACUAUCCACCGCACUACACUACGGUCUGCUGUACCCCACUGCUGGGGCGCUGGUUCCAAUGAAACAGAACACAUCAAACUCCAUCUGGCUGGAUGCAUCGGGCAGUGGACCCUCCAGGGGCCCGCACUGCACGGGAAGCCUUUGCCCUUGGGGGCCUGAGCUGCGCUGGGGCUUGGAGCUCCUGCCCACCCCAUCCUCCUCCCCGAAGCUCAUGGCUGCCUGGAGGCAGAUGCUCGGCCAGCAUUGGGCAGCCCCCACUCCCUGCUCCCUUACCCCCUUCACAUGGCAGUAGCUCUGCGCACCCCAGCAAACCAUAUUAUGCUCCUGGGACACCCACUCCAAGACCCCUCCAUGGGAAGCUGGAAUCCCUGCAUGGUUGUGUGCAGGCAUUGCUCCGGGAGCCAGCCCAGCCAGGGCUGUGGGAACAGCUUGGACAGUUGUAUGAGUCAGAGCAUGACAGUGAAGAGGCCAUAUGCUGCUACCACAGCGCCCUUCGAUAUGGUGGGAGCUUCGCUGAGCUGGGGCCCCGAAUUGGCCGACUGCAGCAGGCCCAGAUCUGGAACUUUCAUGCUGGUUCUUGUCAGCACCGAGCAAAAAUCCUGCCCCCCCUGGAGCAAGUGUGGAACUUACUGCACCACGAGCACAAACGGAACUAUGGGACCAAGCGAGGCGGUCCUCCAGUGAAGCGAUCUGCUGAGCCCCCAGUGGUGCAGCCUAUGCCUCCUGCUGCACUCUCAGGCCCCUCAGGAGAGGAGGGCCUCAGCCCUGGAGGCAAGCGAAGGAGAGGCUGCAGCUCUGAACAGGCUGGCCUUCCCCCAGGCCUGCCACUCCCUCCACCACCAUUACCGCCGCCACCUCCACCCCCCCCACCGCCCCCACCACCGCUGCCUGGCCUGGCUACCAGCCCCCCAUUUCAACUGACCAAGCCAGGGCUGUGGAGUACCCUGCAUGGAGAUGCUUGGGGCCCCGAGCGCAAGGGUUCAGCACCCCCAGAGCGCCAGGAACAGCGGCACUCGCUGCCUCACCAGUAUCCAUACCCAGCUCCUGCCUACACCGCUCAUCAUCCCCCCAGCCAUCGGCUGGUCCCAGCCACACCCCCAGGCCCCGGCCCCCGCCCCCCAGGAGCAGAGAGCCAUGGCUGCCUGCCUGCCACCCGUCCCCCCGGAAGUGACCUUAGAGAGAGCAGAGUUCAGAGGUCGCGGAUGGACUCCAGCGUUUCACCAGCAGCAACUACCGCCUGCGUGCCUUACGCCCCUUCCCGGCCCCCUGGCCUCCCCGGCACCAGCAGCAGCAGCAGCAGCAGCAACAGCAGCAGCAGCAACAACAACAACAACAACACUGGUCUCCGGGGCAUUGAGCCGAGCCCAGGCAUUCCCGGCGCUGACCAUUACCAAACUCCUGCGCUGGAGGUCUCCCCUCACCAGGGCCGCCUGGGGUCCUCGGCACAUAGUAGUCGGAAACCAUUUUUAACAGCUCCUGCUGCCACUUCCCACUUAUCCCUGCCACCUGGGACCCCAUCAUCCCCUCCACCCCCCUGUCCACGCCUCUUGCGUCCUCCACCACCCCCUGCUUGGAUGAAGGGCUCAGCCUGCCGGUCAACCCGAGAGGAUGGAGAGAUCUUAGAGGAGCUCUUCUUUGGGGCUGAGGGUCCUCCCCGCCCUCCCCCACCACCCCUCCCCCACCGUGAUGGCUUCUUGGGAUGAAGCUUGCUCUUUGUUUCUGCAGCCUCCCUUGGAGGUCCCACUCCCCCAACCACCAGCAGUAGCAGCAGCAGCAGCAAUGGCAGCCACAGCAGCAGCCCUACUGGGCCUGUGCCCUUUCCUCCACCCCCCUAUCUGGCCAGAAGUAUGGACCCCCUUCCCCGGCAGCCCAGCCCAACACUGAGCCCCCAGGACCCACCCCUUCCACCCCUGACUCUUGCCCUGCCUCCAGCCCCUUCCUCCUCCUGCCAUCAAAAUACCUCAGGAAGCUUCAGGCGCUCGGAGAGCCCCAGGCCGAGGGUCUCCUUCCCAAAGACCCCCGAGGUGGGGCCAGGGCCAUCCCCAGGCCCCUUGAGUAAAGCCCCCCAGCCUGUGCCACCUGGGGUUGGAGAGCUGCCCACCAGAGGCCCACGGCUCUUUGAUUUUCCACCAACCCCACUGGAGGACCAGUUUGAAGAGCCAGCAGAAUUCAAGAUCCUACCUGAUGGGCUGGCUAACAUCAUGAAGAUGCUGGAUGAAUCCAUUCGAAAGGAGGAGGAGCAGCAGGAACAGGAGGCAGGCGUGGUUCCCCCACCCCCACUCAAAGAGCCCUUUGCAUCUCUACAGCCUCCAUUUCCCAGUGAGCUGGCCCCAACCACCACUGCUGCUGCCACCACUGUCGCCACCACCACCACAACUACCACCACCACAACCACCACCCAAGAAGAGGAGAAGAAGCCACCACCAGCCCUACCACCACCACCGCCUCUAGCCAAGUUUCCUCCACCCCCACAGCCACAACCCCCACAGCCCCCACCACCUCCACCUGCCAGCCCGGCCAGCCUGCUCAAAUCCUUGGCCUCUGUGUUGGAAGGACAAAAGUACUGUUACCGAGGGACUGGAGCAGUGGUUUCAGCCAGGCCUGGGUCCUUGUCCGCCACUCAGUAUUCCCCUGGUUCUGUAUCAGGUGCUAACGCCCCACUGCCCACUUCAGUGGCCCCUAGCGCCCAGGGCUCCCCCAAGCCCUCUGCUUCCUCGUCAUCUCAGUUCUCUACCUCAGGUGGGCCCUGGGCCCGGGAGCGCAGGGCAGGCGAAGAGCCAACACCAGGCCCUGCCACCCCUGCCCAGCUGCCCCCACCCCUGCCACUGCCCCCUGCUCGCUCUGAGUCUGAGGUGCUAGAAGAGAUCAGUCGGGCUUGUGAGACCCUUGUGGAGCGGGUGGGCCGGAGUGUCAUCAACCCAGUAGACCCAGUGGACACAGCAGACCCAGUGGACGGUGGGACUGAGAGACUGCUGCCUCCUGCACAGGCCAAGGAGGAGAGUGGUGGGGUGACAGUGGUGGCAGCAGGGCCAGGGAGUGGCAAGCGGCGGCAAAAAGAGCACCAGAAGGAGCACCAGAAGGAGCACCGGAGGCAUAGGCGGGGCUGUAAGGACAGUGUGGGUCGCCGGCCCCGUGAGGGGAGGGCAAAGACCAAGGCCAAGGCUCCCAAAGAAAAGAGCCGAAGGGUGCUAGGGAACCUGGACUUGCAGAGUGAGGAGAUCCAGGGUCGGGAGAAGGUUCGGCCUGAUCUAGGUGGGGCUUCCAAAGUCAAGACAUCCACAGCUCCAGCGCCUCCACCUGCUCCUGCACCCUCUGCUCAGCCAACACCCCCAUCAGCCCCUGUUCCUGGGAAAAAGCCUCGAGAAGAAGCUCCAGGGCCCCCAGGUGUGAGCCGUGCUGAUAUGUUGAAGCUGCGGUCACUUAGUGAGGGACCUCCCAAGGAGCUGAAGAUCCGGCUCAUCAAGGUAGAGAGUGGUGACAAGGAGACCUUUAUCGCCUCUGAGGUGGAAGAGCGGCGACUACGUAUGGCAGACCUUACCAUCAGCCACUGUGCUGCUGAUGUAGUGCGUGCCAGCAAGAAUGCCAAGGUCAAAGGGAAGUUUCGAGAGUCCUACCUUUCCCCUGCCCAGUCUGUAAAACCGAAGAUCAACACUGAGGAGAAGCUGCCCCGGGAAAAACUGAACCCCCCUACACCUAGUAUCUAUCUGGAGAGCAAACGGGAUGCCUUCUCACCAGUGCUGCUGCAGUUUUGUACAGACCCUCGAAACCCCAUCACCGUAAUACGGGGCCUGGCUGGUUCCCUGAGGCUGAACUUGGGCCUCUUCUCCACCAAGACACUGGUGGAGGCCAGUGGUGAGCACACUGUGGAAGUACGUACCCAAGUGCAGCAGCCCUCAGAUGAGAACUGGGACCUGACAGGUACACGACAGAUCUGGCCCUGUGAGAGUUCCCGUUCACAUACCACCAUCGCUAAGUAUGCGCAGUACCAGGCUUCGUCCUUCCAGGAGUCACUGCAGGAGGAGAAGGAGAGUGAGGAUGAGGAGUCAGAGGAGCCGGAUAGCACUACAGGAAGCCCUCCUAGCAGCACACCAGACCCGAAGAACCAUCACAUCAUCAAGUUUGGAACCAACAUCGACCUGUCUGAUGCCAAGCGGUGGAAGCCCCAGCUACAGGAACUGCUGAAGCUGCCUGCCUUUAUGCGGGUAACAUCCACAGGCAACAUGCUUAGUCAUGUGGGCCACACUAUCCUGGGCAUGAACACUGUGCAGCUGUACAUGAAGGUCCCUGGCAGCAGAACACCAGGCCACCAAGAGAAUAAUAAUUUCUGCUCUGUCAAUAUCAACAUUGGCCCUGGUGAUUGUGAGUGGUUUGCAGUACACGAGCACUACUGGGAAACCAUCAGCGCCUUCUGUGAUCGGCAUGGUGUGGACUACUUGACCGGUUCCUGGUGGCCAAUCCUGGAUGACCUCUAUGCUUCCAAUAUUCCUGUGUACCGGUUUGUGCAGCGCCCUGGAGACCUUGUGUGGAUUAAUGCAGGAACUGUGCAUUGGGUGCAGGCUACUGGCUGGUGCAACAACAUUGCCUGGAACGUGGGGCCCCUCACCGCCUAUCAGUACCAGCUGGCCCUGGAACGAUAUGAGUGGAAUGAGGUGAAGAACGUCAAAUCCAUUGUGCCCAUGAUUCAUGUGUCCUGGAACGUGGCUCGCACUGUCAAGAUCAGCGACCCUGACUUAUUCAAGAUGAUCAAGUUCUGCCUCCUGCAGUCCAUGAAGCACUGCCAGGUGCAGCGGGAGAGCCUGGUUCGGGCUGGGAAGAAAAUCGCUUACCAGGGUCGGGUAAAGGACGAGCCUGCCUACUACUGUAAUGAGUGCGACGUGGAGGUGUUCAACAUCCUGUUCGUUACAAGUGAGAACGGCAGCCGAAACACAUACCUGGUGCACUGCGAGGGCUGCGCACGGCGUCGGAGCGCCGGCCUCCAGGGCGUGGUGGUGCUAGAGCAGUACCGUACAGAGGAGCUGGCGCAGGCCUACGACGCCUUCACGCUGGCCCCCACUAGCACGUCGCGAUGAGGCCGGACGCCCCGCUCGCCCGUCCCCCCUGCAGGGCGCCGCGGGGCCACCAGCACACGCCUGGGCUGGACCUAGGUCCCGCCUUUGGCCGGGAAGGGGUAGGGCCUUGCCCCUCCGCCCUAUUGGCAGCUCCCCUCACUUAAUUUAUUAAGAAAAAUUUUUUAACAAAUAUGAGGAAAAAAGGAAAAAAAAAACGGGAGACGGGGGAGGGGGCUGGCAGCCCCUCGCC